CCCCCCGAUAUACGCCUUCCUUCACUCCCCCCCUCCUGCUUCAGACACACUGUACAAACCGAGACACACACCUCUCCUUUUGUCGAAUGAAAUACUGCGACAUCACCUCUGAGCUGCGCCAGUUUCCAAGGUGAUGUGAUUUUUUUUCCCAGUGCAAGAAUAGAACCAAAAAAAAAAGAAGAAGAAGAAGAAGAAGAAGAGGGAAGCACGUGCACCAUGUCCUUGACAUUAAGGGCAUAUCAGGUUAGAACCUUUUCCCAAAGCCACACCUCAUGUCUGUGAAUUUAAAAUAAUUCUAGAGGAACAGAGGUCGUCUGUUUUGCAGCAAGCGUCCUCUGCUCAUGCUGCAGCGCUGCAGUAUUCUGCGGUGAUUAGUCCAUUUCGCUAUCGUUGCCUCUGAAAAACGGCCUCUUCUGUCCGAUUCAUGUCGUGCAUGGCGGCCGCUAAAAGGUGCACGACAAAAGAUGUGUGUUUGCAGGGGCAGAGUUUGGGAAAAUGAUGGGUGUGCACGUGUGAUGGACAGAUAAGAACGGAGGCAGCCCGAGUGAGUCCGGUCUGGUGUCUGCCGGCUGCAUUUACAGAAUAGGUCUUAUCAGAUGUGGAUAGUCAGACAGGGUGAGGCAGAAAAAGCGGGGAAGUGGGGGGAGGGAAGGACACACCAACUGUACAUGUCAAGAAGGACUAUUUUAGAGAAGUGAGACAGCCAGACAUCCCGCGAGGAAUCUGCCUUUCUCCGCGCAGUGCUAAUUUUUUUUUUUAGGGGGUGGGGGGGGCUGUGAGACCAGAGCUUGUGAUCACUCGACACCGCAGCUCCACCGAGGCGCAGGAAGCGAGGAUGAUCCUCAGACACCGCAGAGCUGCUUUAAAAUAAAAAAAAAAAAAUAUAAAAAAAAUCACAGAGGGAGAACAGACAUGCACAGGUGCUGCUGCUGCUAGAGACAGAGAGAGAGACGACGGAGAGAAAGAAGAAGCUAGGAGAGAGAGAGAGAGAGAGAGAGGAAGGAGGGGGGUGUGAGGGGAGGUGUAGGAGGAGACUCGCUUCAGAGGGGAAUAGGAGCCGGAGAGCAAUUCCAAAACAGCUGUCCGGCAGACGUCCCAGUCGACAGAAGUGCAGCCCCGAGGCAGAGACAAGAGGCAGGGCAGUGUCAACAAGCCACAGGAGCAACACAGCAGCCUCUGAACUCACGCACACACACAGACACACACGCAUUCAGACACACACACCAACCUGGAGGCUGCAGCAUUCAGGAGAGCACGGCGAUACCUGGGAAGGAUCAAGAUCCGGCUCACCAUCUGAACGUCUGAGGAAGGUGCCCGAUUGACCUUUAAAUCGCUCAGCAUCAUCAGCCCUGCUUGGAAAGCCGUUUCCUGAUCGAUGCCGCAAUUAUUUUUGGACUCCUGCACGAGCGUCGUGUAUCUGAGAAUGUAACUCGAGCUUCUCCCCUGGGCAACCGCAACAUCCAGAACUUACAGAGCAUUUCCGACUCUUCUCGUCCUGAACAUCUGAGAGAUCUCCUCCGCGGAAGGAAGCAGCCAUGCCAGCGAAAGCACCGAUAUACCUGAAACCCACCAACAGCAAGAAGGGUAAAAAAUGUCGCCUGAGAGAUAUUUUGUCCCCGGACAUGAUCAGUCCACCGCUGGGGGACUUCCGCCACACCAUCCACAUCGGCAGGGGCGGGGAGAGAGACGCCUUUGGAGACAUGUCCUUCCUCCAGGGGAAUUAUGAGCUGCUGCCAGGAAAAGCAGACGUCCACCCUCAGUACGGCGUCCAGAGUGAGUUUCUGCGGGCGAACAGCACGGGUGACGCAUCCUUUUCGGAGACUCCUUCCCCAGUACUGAAGAAUGCGAUCUCCCUCCCGACUAUUGGCGGCUGCCAGGCCCUCACCCUCCCGCUCGUCUCCUCCGCAGUGUUCUCCAUACCACCAGAGCCUUUGGAGGACAUCAUGGGGCCUUUGGCCACCAUGAAACCCGACAGCGCCGAGGAGGUAGAGAUCCUGCAGAUGGACGCUCUGUUGCGCUCAAUGGACGUCUUCAUCAGCGAGCCCUCGUCCCCUUCCAUGAGCAUCCAGUCAAAGCCUGACGUCCUCUUGGAUCUGCUGGAUAAGCCCACCUCGAAGGCGGUCGCCAAAGCUAACAAAAUAAACAAGAGCGAAGGCAGAUUCGACAAGCCGGCGUCCUUUUACAUCAACGGCCACAGCAAUGGCCUCUUCAAGGCUAACGGGAGCCUGAACAGCGACACGAGCGCCGACAGCUUCGACAGCUUCGGCGGCAAAGGCGACUUCCAGAGCAAGAUCUGCAACGGCAGCGGGAGUCUCAACGGCAACAGCAACUGCAACGGUUACGGACACUUUAACAAUGACAUUACCCAGAGCUUUAAGCCGGAGUUCUCCAAGUGCAGCGGUGAGUGGGUGGACAGGGACAGCGGGGUGGAAGAGGGCCGCAUCUGUGAUUACGAGUUCGAGUACUCCAAAGAGAAGAGCACGUCGCAGGAUUCCCUCGCCCAGAUCACAGGGUCGUUCCUCUCCCUCGAACUCGAUCUGGGCCCAUCCAUCCUGGACGAUGUGCUCAACAUAAUGGAUAAGCCCGCAGCAAAGAGCAGGCCUUGAGCUGUGCCGAGGCCCCCUACCAGGAGGAGAAAGGGAAUUAUUAGAAUAUAGCCAUGAGAGGAGGGAGAGACUCGUAGAGCAAUCAAAAUGGUGUCUGGAUAUAUCAUUGAGAUGGAAAAUCAGCUACAAUAAACAAAGCUGCUUAUGUUUUUAUUGUCAAAACAUAUAACUAUUUUAGCUUCUAUGGAGUGUUGGUUCUUCCUCUUUGUUUAGUUUGCCAGGCCAGCUGCAUGUCUAAGAUGCAUGUGCUUUUGAGUUACAGCUAAAACGCAGCCGUCGUGCCUUUGAUUUUAAAUGACUGUAAAAAUGCUACAUAAUAGACUGGUGUGCUUAUGUUGAACGUCACAACUUUGAGGUCCUUUUCUUUUUCCUUUUUCCUUCUUCUUUUUUUUUUUCUUUUUUACACAGCCUUGAAUCUCAGAUCCAUAUAAGCAUUAUAGCCUUUUGUGACUUUAAGCGUGUCUAACAAAGCACAAUUGUGUUUGUCACAUAUUUCCGUUUGCCACAACUAUUUCAAACAACAGGACACUAUGCAUAUUUGUGUUUUUUUAAAACUGUAACACAAAUAAAUUCUUUUUUUUUCCUAUCCU